AUGCAGCGACAAAUGAUGCGGCAGAGUGGCGUGCACGAUGCCGCGUUUUCGCAUGUGAGUAAGGAGCUUCCAAGUGGUGCAGGCGGAAACCAGACGAUGAGCAGUGCGAAGCACGAUGAUCUACACGAAAUGCUUUGUGCUCGACCACACGAGUGCAAGUAG